AAUCUUCCCUCUUCUUUGUCGUCCCUUUAAACCUUUCCACCUGAUCUGCUUCGUAACUCUCAAACCCUAGAAUCCUCUACUUAAACCUUCCUUUGUUUCCCCAUCACUUUUCCUGUAAAUCUGCGCUUUUGUUCCCUCGAUCAAGAUCAAUUUUCAAGAUGGAUUUUACAACAGUUGAGGUCCCGGAUGAUUCACCACAUAAUUCUAAUUCUUUUGUGGAAAUCUCAACAGACCACAAUGGAUCUUCUCCUCCUGUAACUCCCAAGUCUGAUACAAUGGAUCAUGAUUCCGUCUCUUCUUAUUCCGAGUUAGAUUCGGAAACAGAGGCCUUUUACUCAUCUCUUAACCAUCACCUGGUUUCACCAGGGGCAAUGGAUAGCCAUGACUUUGUUGAAAAACAAAUGAGUUAUGAUGACUUGAUGAAGAAAUAUGUCCAGUGUGAGGAAGAGCUAAGGACUACGAGUUUGAAGCUCCAAGAAUCUGAACAAGAGAUUGAGAAGCUUAAGGGUGAGACCAAGAAGAAAGAAUCUGAUGUUCUGCUUACCGAGAAUCUAUGUGCUGAGCUUGAAACUGCUCAGGGAGAAAUUGAGACUAGGGACAUAGCUAUUGAGGCUGAGAGAAGGCGAGUUCUCCAGGUGCAAAGACAGGUGGUUGAUUUGGAAACUGAACUUGAGGUAAGUAGGGACUGUUUAGAUGUGUCAUAUGCUGAGAUCUCCAAGCUAAGGGAAAUGUUGUGUGAUUGUCAGCAAAGUUUUUCUAUUGAGAUAACAAAAUUGCAGACUGAUAUUGCUGGUUUGUUAGAGAACAAGACUUCCUUUGAAGCUCGGGUCAGAGAAAUCGAAUCACGCUGUGAGGUAUUGGAAGAUCAGAUAAGGCAUUCUGAGGCAGAGAAAAUGGAGAUGCAGAGAAAAGAGGUUGAGUUACAAGCUGAAAACAAUGCAUUGAAGACACAUUUGGCCACACAGGGUGAGCAUAUUGAAGCAUUAAACAAAGAUUUCGACAAGCAGAAGCUGAGAUACGACAUGUUAAUGGCAGAGACAGAUGGAGUCUAUGCUGAAAUAGACAAUAUAAUAGCACAGAUGAGCUCAAGAGACAUCCAAAUUCGGCAAUUGGAUGAGCAACUUAACGAGCUGGUCUAUAAGCAGACCAAGCUUGUGUCUAAGAACAUUGUGGAGGAACUGAGAGCUACUGUUAAAGAACUGGAGAAGCAAGCAGAGUUUCAGAGGAAUGCGAUAUUACAAGGAGAGGAAGAGAAACGAGAGGCGAUUAGACAGCUUUGUUUCUCUCUGGAUCAUUACAAAAGCGGAUAUAGACAGCUUUUGAGGUUUCUUUCGGGCAAUAACCAGCAACAUCAAGCAACCAUGGUCGUGUAAGUUUGGAUUGAAUACUCUUUAUCAUUUGUUUGCUCGUUAGUCGUUACAGUCUAAUUAUGUCUCUUUUCUUUGUCUUGUCAUGUUUGAGUCAUUGUGAGUUAUGUUCUGUCUCGGACCUUAACCUUCAGCUUCUUUAGUAAGAAUUUAUAUGAAAUUCUAGCUCGGAAAUGCUUUUAUUUAUGAAGUUUUGUGUGAUUAUUUAAGUAUUUUGAACUUAGGGUAGCUACAGGUGUUUCUGUCUGGAGUUUUUAUUUGUGCUUAUGUAAUAAUGACGUAAAGCCUAA